GUCAACUAUAGCCAGUAGUGUUGAGCCGGUUGCUGCACAGACUGACCCUGCCUUGCCAAACAGCUCUGAUGCUGGCAGCGACGGAGACCCGUGGAAUAGGAUGAAUCGGUGAAAGGAUGUUAAAGUGAAAAAAAAGAAGAAAAACAAAAGAGGCGCCACGGGUAUUCGGAUCGCAGGGGCCAGAAAGACAGAGGAACCAUGUCGAGAGUUAGGCGGCCUUCGGGCAACAGUAGACUGGACUAGCGCGGCUCUUUCUACUUGGGAGUACUGCCUCGCCUAACUUUUGGACUCGGCGGACAUUUUCUGUCGCGAUGUGGAAAUUAUUCAACAUGCAAACAUCUGCUUUGGACAGUCGUUAAACAGCGACUGAGCAGCAUUCCUGAAGGUUCGGCGUGGGCUCGGGUGUCAUUGUCGUACGUGCACGUGAGACAGCCAGUGUGUGCGUGUAUGUGUUUGCUCGCGCGCGCGCGCCCGUGUGUCACCAUGAGUCUCGUAUCAGGCUUUCCUCACCAUCCGGUCAUGCACCACCACGACAGCCACCACUACUCCCUGCACGCGGCCGCAGCGGGUCGGUGUCACGAGGACACGGGAGCGCCUCCUUAUUUCACGAGCUGGCUUAUUAGUCACGCGGACGUGUCGCCCACCGAGUACGGCCUCGCUCCGGGCUACAGUCCAGAUUACCACGGCAACAGUGGCACUGGGACCGUAAGUGGCCUGGAUCCUCACCACCACCAUCACCACUACGGACACGGUGCGUUGGUCCCCGGUGCUGGCGCCAUCGCUGUGAACGGAGCCCAGGUGGGUAUGCAUCAUCAUCAUCAUCACCACGCACAUCCUCGGACAGUGAAGCGGAGACCGACUGCAAACCGGAAAGAGAGACGACGGACCCAAAGUAUUAACUCGGCCUUCGCGGAACUGAGGGAGUGUAUCCCCAAUGUCCCCGCCGACACCAAGCUGUCCAAGAUCAAGACGCUUCGGUUGGCCACCAGCUACAUCUCCUACUUGAUGGACAUCCUGGACAAGGACGGCCAGCACGGAGACACGCAGGCAUUCAAAGCCGAGCUGAAGAAGACAGAAGCGCGGGAGGAGCGGAGGAAGCGGGACACGGUGGACAUCGCCAAGACAGCUACAUCGUCAUCUUGCUCGUCGUCGUCCUCCUCCUCAUCGUCACUGGGCGACAAGAAGACAAAAGGGCGGACAGGAUGGCCCCAGCACGUCUGGGCACUGGAACUCAAACAGUAGCCAGCUCCAUCCCGCAGGUCGACUGCACUCCCUGUUCCGCUGCGCUCCGCAGCGGGACGAUCGUGACGCACUCGCAUGAACUAGCAAGUCAUCAUCACCUUUGUGUGGAUGUGUGGACCUCGUUGGACACUCAUCCGUUCCCCUCAAGGAAAACACGGCCGUACAGAACGUUAAGGUGGUCUAUUAAUCCCCGUCAUUGGUGGGUUGUUCUGUUUGCUCUCUAUACAUUUUCGAUCUGCAAAAAUCUUAAAUUGUUACCUCAGUUAUCCAUUUGGUUAAACACUGCAAGUGGAAAUUUAGAUCGUCCUCGUGUUACUGAGGUGUAUAAAUGGGGAUAACCAGCGAUUGCAGCGUCAGUAUAUUGUAAGCGGGUCAGGGAUGAAGAGGUUCAAAUAAAACAUCGAACCGUGUUUUAUCUGUUGCUCAAUAUGCCCGAAUUGAAAUAGAUCGGGGUCAUUCGCGGCAUGCGAUGUUUGCCCACAAAUGCUCUUAAAUUUUGUUCUCUUUUAAGAAAUGAAAGUGAACACAAGUAGGCUACCUGAAGAUAUCCCAACCACUCAUCCUCUGGGCCACAGAUUUAUUCCCACAAGCAUUCUGUACAAAUGGGAGUCAGUUUGCGCUCAACUUUAUUUAACUCGAUAUAUAUAUUUAUGUGCAAUGGGGCCGUUUGGAAGAGCUGAACUGCCACUCAACUGAAUGCCAAAAGACAUAUAAUAUUUCUCAUUACCACACUACAAGUUGUUUGUGAAGUUGUACUGUCUACCUGCAUAUUUGUCUUUCUGGUUCUCUCUGGGCUGCGGUGUAAAUACAUGUUGUGACGUCACUGUGAUGACAAAGUGUCGGUUUUGUGAAGUGAAAAACGUGGUGGGAGUGUAAAUAAUACCAAAUAUAGGCUGUAAUCUGUGUUAAGAAUUAAAUAAACCACCACUUGUUUACAUCGAAACUGAUGAAAAUCGACCGUUUUUUAAGUUGUGAAUAUUGUGUCUCGAAAAUAGUGAGGACAUUUUUGGAGAUUUAAAAAUAAUC